AUGUGCUGAAAUAAUUGUCAUAUGGGAAUUCUACUGAACCUUACCAGGCGCCAAUAAAUGUCAUCAACUUUCCCAAACAUUCGGGUAGAAAACGUGUUAAUUUAUGUUCUUGAUUAGGAAAAAUGUACUCAAGAUUUUCAUUCUGGAAUAUUCUAUAUUCAUGGCCGUUACAAUCUAGCACGUCUUUAUGGAAAAUAAAUGUAGCAGUGUAGGCUAUUCGGAUCAAGUGGCUCUUGUUCACGGUAGAAAUUUCGAUUGUUGGUUUGCUUGGCCCGAUUCCUCUGAACUAAAAUUAGCACUGUGGAAUUCCAUUUUAAUACUAAUCUUAGCUGUUUACAGCUCAGAAUCGAACUUGAGAAUGAGUCUUAACAACUACCAAGAUUCUAAAAGGAGGAUCACCAGGAAUCUUCUCACUGCAAUAACCAAAUUCUAGCCGGAAUCCCAGAUCUUCCUCUCCAUCUAUAUCUCUUUCCAAGCUACCACCAAAACCUGUCAGCAUAACGCACUGGCAAUUUCGCAUCUUUCUCUUUUUGUUCCUUCCAAUGGACUUGCUCACUUGCUCUGCAAAUGACCUACGCCCUCUACUAGGUACUGUUGCCAAUGCCACCGCCGCGGCUGAGUACAUCUGCAGCCGUUUUGAUGCGGUUUCCAACAAGUUCAUUGACACUGGCCACGCAGUGGACAACACCUACCUUCUUUUCUCCACAUACCUUGUGUUUGCCAUGCAACUUGGUUUUGCCAUGCUAUGUGCUGGCUCUGUGCGUGCCAAGAAUACCAUGAAUAUCAUGCUAACCAAUGUCCUUGAUGCUGCUACCGGUGGUCUUUUUUAUUAUCUCUUUGGCUUUGCACUGGCUUUUGGAUCACCAUCAAAUGGCUUCAUUGGACAACAUUUCUUUGGCCUGAGUAGAUUCCCUACCCCGUCUUUUGAUUAUGGCUAUUUCUUGUUUCAAUGGGCGUUUGCUAUUGCGGCUGCUGGGAUCACCAGUGGUUCGAUAGCAGAGAGAACUCAGUUUGUUGCUUAUUUGAUUUACUCAUCUUUCUUGACUGGUUUGGUUUACCCUAUUGUAUCACACUGGUUCUGGUCUGCUGAUGGCUGGGGGAGCCCUACUAGAUCUGAGAAUCUGUUAUUUGGAUCCGGGGUUAUUGAUUUUGCUGGCUCUGGAGUGGUUCAUUUGGUCGGUGCUAUUGCAGGCGUAUGGGGUGCAUUCAUUGAAGGUCCACGUAUUGGCCGUUUUGAUCAUUCAGGCAAAGCUGUGACUUUACGCGGACACAGCGGCACGUUGGUUGUCCUAGGCACAUUUCUGCUAUGGUUUGGAUGGUAUGGAUUCAAUCCAGGCUCAUUUGUCAAUAUCUUGAAAGCUUACAGCGAAAGUGGAUCCUCUUAUGGACAAUGGAGUGGUGUUGGAAGAACAGCUGUCACAACAUCCCUUGCCGGUUGCAGUGCUGCUUUGACCACUCUCUUUGGAAAGAGGUUAAUUGCUGGCCACUGGAAUGUCACUGAUGUUUGCAACGGCCUGCUUGGUGGGUUUGCAGCAAUCACCGGUGGCUGCUCCGUUGUUGACCCUUGGGCUGCAGUUCUUUGUGGUUUUAUUGCCGCUUGGGUUCUCAUUGGAUUCAACAAGCUUGCAGAGAAAGUCCAUUACGAUGACCCUUUGGAGGCAGCACAGCUUCAUGGAGGAUGUGGUUCAUGGGGAAUAAUAUUCACAGCAUUGUUCGCAAAAGAGAAUUAUGUUAACGAGGUUUUUCCAGGACAACCUGGAAGGCCUUAUGGCUUGUUGAUGGGAGGUGGGGCAAGGCUUCUUGCAGCACAUAUUGUGCAGAUUUUGGUGAUUGUGGCAUGGGUUACAGUCACAAUGGGGACACUAUUUUUCAUUCUGCAAAAAUUAAACCUUUUGAGGAUUACCGUAGAUGAGGAGAUGGCAGGAAUAGAUUUGACAAGCCAUGGUGGUAAGGCAUAUGAAUAUAAUGAUCACGAAAACGAUGCAAACAAACCGCCACUAGCAUUUUAGGGAUGCAAUUAUUUUAAU